UGGAGCAAAGGCAUAGCGUAUGCUCAGUCUAUGCACAUUUCAAACUGUGUGCCUAGUCACAAACUAGCGGUCGUGAUGGUCCUUAGAGUCCGAUUAAAAACAGUUUUGGUUUUCGCGCUGUUGGUACGGUUCCUGGGAAUCGUUGAGUGUGGAUCUAGCAGCCCUGGAUCUGGAUCCAGCGUUUCUAAAAUUGGCAGUUUUAGUUCUGGAUCAAGCAGUUCUAAAUCUGGGAGCAGUGGUGGACUCAGAAAGUAUUUACAUUGGAGAAAUUGGCAUAUUCCGCGGAUAAUGAGUCUAUUCUACAAAAAAUACAAAGGCGAGGAAAGGAUGGAUGGCAAAGUGGCGAUUAUAACAGGAAGCAACACUGGAAUAGGAAAAGUCACGGCCCUUGAAUUUUGCAAAAGAGGAGCUCGUGUGAUAAUGGCCUGUCGCAAUACCGAUACGUGUAAGGAAGCUGCUGAUGACAUUUUGAACAAAACAAAAGAAUUGAAAGAUAGAGGCACUGUUGUGUGCAAAUAUCUGGAUCUGUCAAAGACUAGAACUAUUCGUGAAUUUGCCGCGGAUAUCAUGCGCACAGAGGAGAAAAUCAAUUAUCUGAUAAACAAUGCAGGAGUCAUGGCGUGCAAAUGGGGACUAACGGCAGACCAACAAGAGAUGCAGUUUGCAGUCAACUUUUUGGGCCACUAUUUACUCACGUUGAAACUUCUUCCGAGAAUUAUUAAAUCAGCACCGUCGCGCAUCGUAAACGUUGCUUCGUUGGCACACAUAUUCAGCAGCGGGAAUAUGCAUUACGAUGAUAUCCAGCUGAAAAAGAAGUACAACCCAAGAGUUGCCUAUGGGAGAAGCAAGCUUGCAAACAUCUGGUUCACGAGAGAACUUGCUCGUCGCCUUACUGAAAAACGUAUCAAAACUGUGACGACUUAUGCGUUGCACCCAGGGGUCAUCGCAACAGAGUUGUCACGCCAUCUGGACACGGCCGCACGCCCGUGGAUCAAAAAACUCUACGAAAGUCGGUUCGUGAGAUACUUCAUAAGAACACCUGAAGAAGGAGCUCAAACGACCCUCCACUGUGCUCUAAACGCGAAAGCUGCUAACGAGACCGGUCGAUACUAUAGCAACUGCCAUAAAGCGAAACCCAACAAAACUGCACGAGAUGAUAAACGCGCCAAGGAACUAUGGGAUUGGAGUUGGGAUAAGUUGAAAAUAGACGAAGGCGACUAUGACCCAUUCUCACCACAGUAAAAUCAACCGACGUGAAACGAGUGGAGAUCCUUUCUAGAUGCAGAAUAAAACAACAUCUUCCUUUCAUUACCUCAAUUGUAUUACUUAUUCUAAAAAUAUAUAAUAUUCUAACAAA